AUGAAGAAUAAUAAUUAUAAUAAUAGGAUUGUAAGAUUACCAACAACCAUUAUUUCAAAGCCAACAAUGUUGCUGUUGUUGGCAAUUUUAUAUUUUAUAUUGGCAUGUUGUUGUCCAAUAGUACACUCUCAAAAGGUGUAUGCAUACAAUGAACUGCAGAAACAACAACAACCUCCACUCAACCAAAAACUUGUAAAUAGUCAUCUUGCACAGAACGAUAUGUUAUCAAAUGAUAGAUUAAUCUCUGAUUUAUAUAGCGAUGGUAUGCUAAAUUGGAUUGUAGAACAAGAUUCAUUGUUUUCGACAUCGCAGCAGAUCACCUCCACUCAACAGACGCAAUCGACAGCACUGUUGAUUCCAUCGAUCGAUGGCAGCGGUGAGUUCUUUCAGUAUAAAGACAAGACCAUUCAGAAACUACCAUAUACAAUGUUUGAUAUCGUUCAGUCUUCACCGCUACUCAGUCACAAUACCAUCGAUGGUGAUAGUGACGAAGAGACAAGUACUCUCUACGUCGGUAGCAAGAUCACUACGCUGUUGGUUGUAGACCCAGAGUCUGGAAAGGUAAUAAAGACACUGACACAAUCUGGUGUCUGGGAGGAGGGAUGUCCGUCGGUCGACCUCGACUACCAAGACGAUCCAACACUACUCUUUACGCGAUCCGACUACAAGGUGAUUGCACUCGAUCCGAAAUCUGGAAAAGAACAAUGGAAUAUCUCACUUGGUGAGUACUUACCGUUUACUUCCAAGUCGUCGUCAUCUUCCAAGCCAUCGUCAAGUUCAUCCUCUACCAGUGGUAGUGGUGGUGACAAAGAGAAAGAUACACUUGGGGAUGCAUUGAUUGAAGUAUAUCCUGUGAAUACAAGAUACAAGAUGUUUGUAAAGAAGCAAGAGGUAAUGACUCGUUACAACUAUUGGGAGUCAAUGUUGGUUUCACCACCUGUUUCGAUCUAUGCAUACUCGAGAUCAGCCAACCUCUUGAAAAAAGUUGAUUUCAUAAGAAAGUUCUCGGCACAGCAACAGUUUGAUAUGUUACCACACCCCGGUUCGACAACAGGUGAUCUAGUUCCAAGUGGAUGGCAUCCAACUUAUUUGUUUGACAGUUACGAUGGACAGAUCUACAUUGCCAGUGAGUCGACAAAGAAAGAGGAUAAUGUUAUCACCAUUGACGAUAACAACAACAAUCCACCAAGACAAAUCACAGAUGGCCAAGGUGGUGACAGUAGUAAUAAUACACCAACCAAAAACAACAGCAGCCAUAACACCCCAUCUACAAAUCAAUCGUUAUUCGACAUGUUGGAAUCUAACCAAGUAAAGAUUGGAUUGGUUGUAUUUGUUGUCGGUUCUAUUGGACUGAGAUUGUACACCUAUCUCAGGAAAUGGUAUAACAAAUCAAAAACAACGCAUAACCAUAAUGUUCCAAAGAAGACACCUUCAAAGAAACAAAAGAAGAAGCAACAACAACAACAACAACAACAACAACAGCAACAAAAGAAAGAAAAGGAAGAAGAUGGAGAAGAUGGAGAAUUACAAGGGGAAUCAAUUGUAUCAGAGGUUGUUGAGAAUAUUAAUUUGAUGAAGCAGAUCAUUGACCAAGCAGAUGAAUCAGAGAAGAUUACACUCACCAAGAGAAUAGAAUUGGACAAUGGUAACACUCGUAUUGGAAAGAUCGAAAUGACAGCCAAUGUACUUGGAACUGGAAGUUGUGGAACCAUUGUUUAUGAAGGAUUCUUGGAGGGCAGAAAGGUUGCUAUCAAGAGAAUGUUGAAACAGUUUAUAAAGUUUGCAGACCGUGAGAUCUCUCUGUUGUUGCACUCUGACGAGCAUAUGAAUGUCGUUCGCUACCACGCCAAAGAGGAAGACAGUGAGUUUAUCUACUUGGCACUGUCGUUCUGUAAGCAAUCUCUGGAUGGUCUAGUCGACAGCAAGGCGUUGUCCGACUACAAAACCAUCCAGAUCAUUCCACAGAUGAAACGAAUGAUUGUCGAUCUGUUGGCGGGACUGUCGCAUCUCCAUUCGAUCAACAUUGUACAUCGUGAUGUCAAACCACAGAAUAUAUUGGUCGAUCCAAACAAUCGUGUAAAGAUAUCGGACAUGGGACUUGGAAAGAAGUUAGAUGCCGAUACACACUCACUGACAUUCACAUCCGAUAGCUAUGGUUGGCAGCCAGCAGAGUAUCUCAACGGAAGCAACAAGAGCACAAAAAAAGUCGAUAUCUUCUCAAUGGGUUGUGUUAUCUAUUAUCUGGUGACCGGUGUCAAUCCAUUCGGUGGUCGUUUCUCACGUGAAAAGAAUGUACUCAAAGGAAAAUACGAUAUCGAUGCCAUUCAACAUAUUCCAGAUCUUCACAACUUAAUAUAUACAAUGAUUCAAUUUGAUCCAGAAAAGAGACCAACAAUUGAAGAAUGUGAAAAUCAUCCAUUCUUUUGGGAUACUCAUAAACAAAUGUCAUUCUUGGUGGCAGCUUCCGAUUACUUGGAGUUUGAAAAACCAACUUCACCUCUGAUCGUAGAGUUGGAUACUCUGACAGAAGAGGUCAUCGGUGGUUCACUUCCUGUCGGUCAGAAUGAAUGGUGGUCCAAGUUGGAUCAGCUGCUCAUCGAUAACAUCGGUAGAUACAGAAAAUACAAUGGAAAAAGUCUACGUGAUCUCCUGAGAGUCAUUCGUAACAAAUUCAACCACUAUCGUGAUCUACCAGAAGACGUACAACACUGUCUAGGUACCAUACCAAACGGUUUCCUAGAGUAUUUCAAACAAAAAUUCCCUAAAAUUAUUAUUUGUACAUAUCUUUUUAUAAAGAAAAAUUUGAAACAGGAGGCUUAUUUUAAACAAUUUUUUAUAGAAACAAUUACAACUAAAUAA